AUGCCUCUUCACUUACUGGGCAAGAAAUCAUGGAACGUUUACAAUGCGGACAAUAUCGCGCGAGUCAAGGCGGACGAGGCAGCGGCUGCUGCCCGCGAAGCUGCAGACGAACAGCGCAUGCAGGAACUCGAUGCUGAGCGUCGCGCCGCUAUACUCCGAGGUCGAACGCCCCCUCCACUACCAGAAUCAACCACUAGCGAUGGUAGAGGCCAGAGACGCGCUCGAGAUGAAGGGGGUCGCGAGCGAAAGAGGCGGAAGCUGGCUGGGGAGGACGACACAGACAUGGACAUACGGUUAGCGAGCAAGGCGUUACCCAAGACUGAGGAGUACAAUGAAGCAAAGAUCCUGAAGCUUCGAAGUACGCUUAGCGAUGCGCCUCUCACGGAUCACGCGGGCCAUAUUGAUCUCUUCCCCGUCGACAUGAAGGAGGCUAUCAAGCGUGAGAAGAACGCCGAAGUAGAAAAGGAGAAGCGGAAGAAAGAAAAGGCCCUGGAAGACCAAUACACUAUGCGCUUGUCAAAUGCAGCAGGUAAAGGUGGAAUAAGUCAGCCAUGGUACACUGCGGACCAGAAAUCUGCCCCCACCGCAGGCAAAGAUCAGGAACUGACCGCAUACUCUGGCUUCGAAGAGAAGGAUGUGUGGGGAAAUGAAGACCCACGGCGAAAAGAGAGACAACAGGCUCGCAUCUCCACGAGCGAUCCAUUUGCGCUCAUGCAGAAAGCUCAGGCACAGCUACAGAGGUCGAAGCUCGAUAAGAAGAAAUGGGCCGAGGAACGGGAUCGAGAGCUGCGAGAGCUACGAGCCACACAGGAGCGUCAUCGAAGAGUAGGCAUCGAGAUCGCAGUCGUGGCCGGAGCCAUGAUCGUGAUCGCGAGAAGUGUAAGCAUAGGCAUUCACAUCAUAGAGAAGGCCAACGAAGUCGUAGUUGCGACCGAAGCCGACGUGAUUCAGAUGUGCAUUCGUCUUCACGGCGGGAUUGAUAACCUCGCAGAUGAGACAAGUCUGAUAGAUAGGGUGUCGACAAUGCAAGAUUCCCUCGCUUGUUGA